CGCAGUCGGGCUAGCGCUGUCGUCCUUGCUGCACAGCAGGCCAAACAACCGCGCCACGAUGAAGAAGUUUGCGAUGAAUAAGGACCAGCUGAUGGGCGGAGGCGCAUCCGCCAGCCCCUGGGGCGGCGGCGGCUACGGCGGCUCCUCUGCCGUCGGCCCUUCGACCUCGUGGAAGCCGCCCUCCGAGGAGGAGAGCCUCGAGCAGCUGCAGAAGCGGAUCGACGACCACGACUCGGCAAUCAAGGAUUCGCUGCAUCGCACUACGGCUAUGGCCAACCAGACGCGCGAGGUUGGCGCCGCGACGCUUAGGGACAUUCACAUGCAGGGGGAGCAGCUCAAGGGGAUCGCAGCGAACCAGCAAAAGGUCGAGGAGAACCUGCAGACCUCGAACAAGCUUCUGCGGGGCAUGGAGUCGUGGCGGGGCACCUUUGUCAACUGGGCCACGGGGACCAACAAGGAGAUCAGGAAGACCGUGGCGCACCGCGACCCGCGCGGGGAGGACAAGAGCGAGGAGGCUCAGCGGGCGGCGGAGUCGGCAGUGGCGCAGCUCGAGGCUGCAGGAGGCAGCGGCUGGAGGCGGGAGCAGGUGUACGGAGGCGGCAGCGCCGCGCCGGUGACGGACGAGUGCGACGCGCUCAGCCAGAUCUCGUCCAUCGUGGGCGACCUCAAGCUGCAGGCCGACGCGAUGAACAAGGAGCUCAAGCUCCAGUCUGGCCAGCUCGACGCCAUCGACAGCAAGGCGGACCGGAACGCGUCGCAGCUCGAGGCGACAAACAUGCGCACCAAGAAGCUCAGUCGCCGAUGAGGGCAGUGAGGAGAGAGAGGAGGGGUUCAAUGGGCGGCGGCGGGCCGACUCUGGUGGGGUGUGAGUGCUUGUGAUCAAUGCGCGUUCGCAGCGCCGCACGUGUGCGUUCCCGUCAUACACAGGCUUACAGGGCGUGUGCCGGGACCGAGUGAGCUGUCAGCGGCGUGUGUUCGGUUUACGGUUCUUUGUGCGACCAUUGCGUCACUUACUCGUUUGGAGUCACGUUUAACGAGUUGGAUCGGAACCC